CGCCAUUUAGAGACCUCCUCCAGCCACCCCCCAGAGUGGCCGCUUCUUUGUUUUCGUCUCUUUACCAGCAGCCAGCAAGCAAGCAAGCAACCGAAAGCCAUAAAACCCAGAAAAGAAACACGACAACAACAAAAAACACGUGCAAUUUGUUUGAUUUCUCUCCACGACUCGACCCGAACCACUCGAAAUUCAAUUUCCAUUUAAUUUCGGGGCAAUCUCUCCCGUGUUUAGACUUUUUUAUAUGCCCCCUCCACCCCACGCAGCCUCUUAAAUAUCGCCUGCUUCUCGCCGUUGUCUCUCUCGCGUGUGUCGUGUCUUCGUGUCGCCUCUCGCCCUCCUCUUCUCCUCUUCUCCUCCUCUCCUCGUACUCACCUCAACGACGCCGAUGGGCGAUAGGAUGUCGAGCCGGGACCUGGAGCGGGAGGCAAGCCACGCCGGUAGCUGGUACUCGGCCUCGGGCUCACAGCUGUCAAGCCAACUGGAGGGAUGGCUCGCCCAGGCACAGGCCACCCGCCGGCCUGCAAGAGCCAUCAUUGCACCGCACGCCGGCUACUCGUAUUGCGGAUCAUGUGCGGCUCACGCCUAUAAACAGGUGGACCCUGCUCAGACGAAACGAGUGUUCAUUCUGGGACCAUCCCACCACGUACACCUGUCGGGAUGUGCACUCUCCUCUGUCUCCAUCUACAAAACGCCCAUCUACAACCUCCGCAUUGACCAGAAGAUUUACUCGGAGCUGUCCCAGACAGGCAUGUUUGAGAAGAUGAGCGUGGAGGUGGAUGAGGAUGAACACAGCAUUGAAAUGCAGCUGCCUUACAUUGCCAAGGUCAUGGAGAGCCGACGAGAUGAUUUCACCAUUGUGCCAGUCCUGGUGGGUUCUCUGAACGAGUCUCGCGAGUGUGAGUACGGGAGACUUUUCAGCAAGUACCUCGAUGACCCAAGCAACCUGUUUGUCUUCUCCUCUGACUUCUGUCACUGGGGCCAGCGUUUUCGUUACACUUACUACGACGAGUCUCAAGGAGAGAUCCACAAAUCGAUCGAGUACAUUGACAAGAUGGGUAUGGACAUUAUUGAGCAGCUUGACCCCGUAGCUUUCAGCAGUUACCUGAAGAAGUACCGAAACACGAUAUGUGGACGACAUCCCAUCGGGGUCAUGCUGAACGCUGUUGCGGAGCUCCGGAACAAAGGCGCGAGUUUGUCCUUCAAUUUCCUGAACUACGCACAGUCGAGCCACUGCCGCAAGUUCCAGGACAGCUCCGUGAGCUAUGCAGCCGGCGCGCUGCAGGCGUCGUGAAGGCGCUCCUGCGUGACCCGGGCCACCGCGCAGUGGCAUCGCCGGCCGAGGCCCCUCGCUUACCUUUUCUCCAUCCGGCUCGGCUUAAUGGCGGUGCUGCUCUGACCUGUCCGACCAUCGACCGAAUACGUUGCACUUGGCUUUUUCUCGCGCGUGCGUGCGCGUGCGGCGUGUGUGCGUGUAUCAGUUGGAGAUUGGCGUGGGUCUUGAAAGGUUUGACAUUGAUAGCAGAAGUUGUUUGCAGUGCCCAGACUCGUGGCUGCAGUAUUGAAGAAGGCUGUACGCCGCUACUGAUUGCAAUCCAAAGGCAGACUAUAGACUGGUUGCUGUGAUGUGUUGUUGCCUCGAUGUUCUCUCUGCUUUUGUGAGGUUUAUUUUUUCCUUUUAAUUGCUUUGGUGUGUGGAUGUUUUUAAUGUCUGAAAUAUUUACUCAAGCUUAAAUAAUACCAUGCUCUUGCAGAAGGGAAAUAAAAUAUUUUACGGUGUACAAAGCUUGUUAUUUCUCUACAAUUUCACCUGCUCGUAACUGCUAACCAAAUAUAUUCAGACAGCAGUUUACAUUGUGGCUUUGUAUCGUAGAUAUAAACAUUAACAAGUGUUUGGGUAAUUUUAUGAUACAGAAGUAUUAAGCCGUGGUGGUGUUGUAAAAUUGUUGCUUGUAAGGCUUUAUGCACAAAGAGAUUGGGAAAAUAAAAUGUGAUGGGAAUGCAUCGAUUGCAAACUGUCUCUAUGUUACAAAUUUAACUUUAAAAGUAACUUUCCUGCACUGGCAAAACUUAUCAUACGAUGCACAUGUACAUUGCAGGUUAACAGCUGGAUUUGAGAAGCAUGCAGAUGCAUUUUUGUCACAUGAUUGGAGUUGUGCCCUGUACAAUCCCCUUGCAGAUGCUGCUGUGUAAAUUCUAGGAACUGGAUGAAAUGUGGUUUGCAGCAGUGCGGUACUGGUGUUGUAAAAUGUUGGCACAUUUGUACUUAAGUUGUGGCGUGACGGUCGUGACCCCUCACCAAUAAAGUGUAAUGGUGCGAAAAUGUCUGUCCGUGGGUUGACGGCAUAUGUGGGAACGUGGGUGAUAUCAACGUUAUCGUUGCUCGCUGUGUUCGCGGAUGCGUGCAUUGCCCAUCUCGCACACCCCCUGUGUUCCUUCACAGGUUUGGACAGACUGCCUGGAUUCGUAUCCAUUGCACAAUCUCAAGAGUAGGAUGAGAGAAGGUUUUUUUUUUAUCCAAGUUUAUGUUCACUUUCUUUUGUGUGUUCAGGACUUCCCUGCGAGAGACUGAGUUGUGUUCUCUGGGAGUCUUUGGAUAAUCUGUGCAGGUCAUACUGCUCAGUGGAGUCCAUUUUCAUCCGUGAGACUUCGUCUCAUUUUAUAGAACAAUGCUGCAUGCAGCACGUGUACUGAAGUCGACUUUUGUCCGAUCUGCCAUCCGCUCUUUAACAUCAAUUGAAGGUUUCGUCAAAAAUUAUUUGUGUGUGUGUAAGGACUGUUUACUGUUAUUCUAAGAACUGCUUACUGUUACAAAAAAACCCCAGACAAAGCAAAAACAAGCCGUUUUAAUUUUCACAACUCAAUUAUUUAGACUUUUAAAUUGCUUGUGUUUUCAUGCUUUAUUUUGUUACACGUUUGUACCUUUUUGGAGUGCGCUUUCCAUGUAUACUCGCCGCUUACAAAGUGACUCGUUGCAGACCAUUAUCGGAAAAACAGCCCCUUUUCCCCCCACCCACUUCAAUGGCCUCUGCUGUUCAUGGCUCUGAAAAUGCCUAUGGUCUUGUAGUUGUAGUGGUGAAGGAGUGUCUCUACUCCUGUAGAAGUAACGAAUUAGAUAGGCGUUACGCUUCAAGUUGCACUGAUAUGCCUUGCAAUAAAGUGCUCUUUGUUUCA